AUGUCGAACACCGCUGUUGGCAAUGUCUACAGCCAGAUCAUCGAGGAUGUGAUCAACUCCUCGCGGGUCGAUUUUGAAGAGCAGGGUGUUGAAGUCGAGGUUCUGGACGAGCUGCGCAGGGGAUGGCAAAAGAAACUCUCGCAGAGCAAUGUGGCUCAGUUUCCCUGGGAUCCAAAACCAGAGCCCGUGGCGGCACCUCCUCCAGCAGCGGCUCCUGCUCCUGCUGUUCCGAACUAUACCCAGGCUCAGCUGAGCCCUCCGCCCAACAGCCCUUCGCUUUCUCUCCCCAAUCUUCCCCUUCCACAGAACCCGCAAAUCAAGGGCGAAGCGAGCGCCGUCAAGACCGAACCUGCUGUCAAGCAAGAGCCAGGCCUCCAGCAGGCGAUGCCGUCCAACUUUCCCAACGCUCCGGUCGGCGGGGCUGCGAUCGCCCAGGCACGAGCCAUGCAGCAACUACAGAGCGCCUACGGUCAGCGGGCGGCGGCUUCCAUCAACGCCAUGCAGAAUGGCAUGACGCAGCCGCAACAGCAGGGAGUGCCGGGACAACCCCAGCAGAUGGCCCGGCCUGGCGGUCCCGCACAGCAACCUGGCAACAUGAACAAUCAGCAAUACCGCGCACAGCUUGCUGCCGCAACCGCGGCCCAACAACGACAAGCUGCGCAGCAACAUCAGCAGAUGAAUGGGGCGAAUGGUACUAAUGGUCUGCCCCAGUCCCAGCUUGAUGGUGCUUCCGACGCGGUUGAGGGCGUGCUCAUGCGUCAAGACGCUGACGGCAAUCCCGUUGAGCUGGGCCGUGUCGAGAUCGACAAUAUGCUCCACGAGCAGAUUGCUGCUCGAGCUAAGCGCAUGGAAGGCGGCGGCUUGAUGUUGCCCCUGAAGCAGGCUACGAAGCAUAGGUCUGCGGUAUCCAAGCGAGCCGGGCCGUCCACUUCGCAGGUCGACGGAGCCGAGGAUGGUGAUGAUGACGAACUGGACGAGGAUGCGAUCAACUCGGACCUCGACGAUGAUGAGGUCGGCCAAGAGGAUGAGGAGGAUGACGAUGAGGCCGGUCAGAUCAUGCUCUGCAUGUAUGACAAGGUCCAGCGAGUCAAGAAUAAGUGGAAGUGUACACUCAAGGAUGGUGUGCUCACGGUCAACGGCAAGGAGUACGUUUUCCACAAAGCCACCGGCGAGUAUGAGUGGUAG